ACCUCCGUCGCAAUGUUAUGGCUAGGAUUCGGUCUCCUGUUAGCCACGUUUAUCCUGUACUUGCUUUAUGUGUUCGAGCGCCAGAACAGGAUCGAUCGGCUCACCCACAAUUGGCCGGGUCCGCCGAGCCUGCCCAUAAUUGGCCAUCUGCACAUCGUGGCCAAGUUUUUGGGUCCGCACUUCCUCCGCACCGCCACCAAUAUGAUAGGGGACUACUUGAAGGAUCAUCGAGGAAAGCUGUGGAUGGGCUCCAAGCUCUACCUCAUCGACUGCAAUCCCAAGGACAUCCAGGCUCUGUGCAGUGCCCAGCAACUUUUGCAGAAGACCAACGACUACAGGGUGUUUGAGAGCUGGCUUAGCGAGGGUCUCUUCACCAGUAACUCCGAGAAGUGGACCCAUCGCCGGAAGAUCAUCAUGCCAGCCUUUAAUUACAGCAUGAUCAAGCAGUUCAUGCAAGUUUUCGAAAGACAGUCAAGGAUUCUUUUGACCAGGGUCGAGGAGUUUGCUGACUCCAAGGACCCGCUGGACUUCCAUCAGCUGAUCAGUUGCUUCACCUUGGACACCAUUUGCGAAACUGCCCUCGGAGUUUCUGUGGGUGCUUUAUCUGAGGGGAAGCUGGAGUACCUCGAUGCUGUGAAAGAAAUCCUUGUGAUUUUCGCUCUUCGGAUAAAGCACCCCUUAUAUCGCAGCUCGUUAUUCUUUCACCUCUCCAAACAAUUUAAACGCGAGCAGGAAUUGUUAAGUAUACUUAAAAGAUUUUCGGAGGGAAUCAUACAAAAGCGGGUGGAUAAAAUCAGUGAGGAUGCGGAGAACUGCAACAUGCACAGCACCAACAACACGGAAUGCGACGAGGGCAAAAGGACCCUCUGUUUUCUGGACAGCCUGCUCCAGGCGAAGGGUCCCGAUGGACAGCCUUUGACGGUCAGUGAGAUUCGCGAGGAGGUGGAUACCAUCAUAUUUGGUGGCUCUGAUCUAACGGCCACCACCCUGAAGUUCUUCAUGUACAACAUGACCCUGCAUCCGGAGCACCAGGAGCGGUGUCGCGAGGAAGUUUGGUCGGUGUGCGGAAGGGACAAGUCCGAACCCAUCACAAUGGAUCAGGCGCGCAGUCUGGAGUUCCUGGAGGCCUGUGUGAAGGAGACCCUGCGAAUGUAUCCUUCAGGUCCAUUUCUCGGCAGAAAAGCCACUGAAAACUGUCAAAUCAAUGACUUCUUUAUACCGAAGGGAAGCGAUGUGAUCAUUUCACCAUUUUACAUGGGGCGUUGCAAGGAUUUCUUUCCGGAUCCCUUGGUUUUCAAGCCGGACCGAUGGGCGAGUGGAGCAGAGCCGAAGAUUGAGGCCAACACCUUUUUACCCUUUAUGCCGGGGGCACGGAGUUGCAUUGGGCAACGAUAUUCCAUGGUGAUGCUCAAGGUGGUUCUAGGCCAUCUGCUGAGGAACUUUCUGUUCGAGCCACUCGGCCUGCGACAGGAGAAACUGAGGCUCAACGUCACAAUCACCCUUCAUACAGUAAAGCCUUAUCUUUGUAGAGUAAAGAAAAUCGAUUGAGCCUAAUCGUAGUGAAUAAAAUGAGUUUAGUUAAAAAUGAGAGGUUUCAGAAUAAAUCAAAUGUGCUUAGUUGGUACUAUUUCUAUAAUACAGAUAUUGCAAACCGAGA